AAUUGAGCCAAGGACCAGAGGUAUAUACCCGAUGACAAGAAACAUAUGUACUACUUGCACCGUGUCGGAAGGAGGUAGGACGCUACUCGCGUCGUAUAAAUAGUCCGGGGCAGAUUGAGAAAAAGACAAUCACUAUUUCACCCCAUGGCUACCACUCUUUCAACGUCUCUCACUGACAAAGUCGCCAUUGUCACCGGUUCAUCUCGUGGAAUCGGGGCAGCUAUCGCUCUUAGGCUUGCAGAAGAAGGUGCUAAAGUCGUGGUCAAUUAUGUCAGUAAUUUGCAAGCUGCAAAUGAAGUCGUCCAGAAAAUCAAACUAUCAGGCAAAGGAGAUGCAGUUGCGAUCAAGGCUGACAUUUCUACUGUUGAAGCUGGCACGAUUCUUAUCGAUGAAACUCUCAAGCUCUUUGGCAAACUAGACAUCCUCGUCUUGAAUGCCGCCGCCCUGCAGUAUCAAGUUCUCGCAGAUGUAACUGAGCACACAUACGAUACGCAUAUGAAUACUAACGUCAAAGGGCCAUUAUUUCUGUCGCAAGCUGCAUCCAAGCACUUUCCUUCCUCUGGUGGACGCAUCAUCUUCUUAUCCAGCUCCGUAACGAGUUUCAGUAGUAUUGGUCCCAAUUAUCUUGAAUAUGCGAUGUCGAAAGGCGCCGUCGAACAAAUGUCUCGCAUCCUCGCUAAAGACCUUGGCUCAAAAAACGCUACCGUAAACACCGUCUCUCCUGGCCCAGUAGACACAGAGCUUUUUCGUGCAGGCAAACCUCAAAGUCUCAUAGACUCCAUUGCUAGUCAAAGUCCCAGUAAGCGCAUUGGCAGGCCAGAAGAGAUUGCUCCUGUCGUCGCGUUCCUUGCGAGCGAGGCAGCCCAAUGGGUGAAUGGACAGAAUAUUGGAGUGAAUGGGGGUUUCAUCUUGUAAGCGGUGAAAUCAAAUUCUCUCUUUAGAUGAAGAACUUGUAUGAACGUAGAACGUCUGGGGUGUGGUAGUAGUAC